AUUGGAGUUAUCAACUAACUAAUUGGUGUGACAAUAAAACAAAUAAAAAAGUGAAUGUUUCAUAAGAUUCUCAUCUAAACUGUUUUGUGUUUAAUGUAAACCUUUAACUUAAGAGAAAUAUUACAUUGAAAACUCAAGAAAUAUAAAAAGUGAAGAAAACUGUGAAAAGUAAACGAAUUUAAAUGACAUUGAACGUUCAAUCUCAUCUGGAGAAUUUGAAAAUGAAUUCAGAUUUUUGGCCACCACGAGGUCCCAAUCCAUCUGGCAAUAACUUUUCGCCAAUGAUUGAUACUUCAAAUGAUUAUCAUCCUCAAAGAACUCAUCAACAACAACAACAACAGCAGACAUCGAGUGGAUAUCAUUCACAAAAUGAUACAAAUAACAGUGUCGUUGACCUAAAAGAUCAUUUGAUUUCGGGACAGGAAAAUCAGAACAACUAUAAUCAAUCUCAAAGUGGAUUUCCGAUGAACCAGCAACAGCCAGCACCUGUAGCAUCUCCGGGUGCUGAAAAUUCAUCACCUGAAUCGAAAUUUAGUGCUGAUAAAUUUUCAAAUGAGAUUCAGCAACUCGCGCGGUCAAACAAUACGCCAGCUAUAAGUGAACGAACGCUAGAAGAAUGCUGGUCCACCUUGCAACGAAUUUUUAUGCACAAAAGUGCAAUGCAGAUGCAACAUGCACGAGAUAUACAACGUAAUGGACCCCCAGCCCCUGGAAGUGGAAUUGGAGGUGAUAUUAAGCCCCAUCAAUGUCAACAGUGCUUAAAGAGCUUUAGCAGUAAUCAUCAACUCGUUCAACAUAUUCGAGUUCAUACUGGAGAAAAGCCAUACAAAUGCACUUAUUGUGAUCGUCGAUUCAAGCAACUGUCACAUGUUCAGCAGCACACAAGAUUACAUACCGGCGAACGACCCUAUAAAUGUCAUCUUCCUGAUUGUGGUCGUGCCUUCAUUCAGCUAAGCAACCUUCAACAACAUUUACGCAAUCAUGAUGCCCAGGUGGAGCGUGCUAAAAAUCGUCCCUUCCACUGUAAUAUAUGUGGCAAAGGCUUCGCUACGGAAUCAAGUUUGCGUACACAUACGUCUAAGGAAUUGCAAUUACAUUUGGGCGUUCUCCAACAACACGCAGCGUUAAUUGGUGGCCCCAAUGCCACGAGCUGUCUCAUCUGUCAUAAACUUUUCUUGGGCGCUGAUGCUCUUAUGGAACAUAUGAAGCAUCACCAUAAGCAAGAACCAGCACCAACUGUCGUUCCAACACCUCCAGCAGUUGACGCUCUUUCUCCAAAUGAUCAAUUCAAUCUUGCCAAAAGACGUACUGCAAAUCAUCCAUGUCCAGUAUGUGGCAAAAGUUACGUAAAUGAAGGAUCGUUACGUAAGCAUUUAACUUCUCAUCCUGAAACUAGUCAGUUGGCAAACAGUUUGAGAAUGUGGCCAUGUUCUGUUUGUCAAGCUGUGUUCACACAUGAGGCUGGUCUUUUAACUCAUAUGGAACAUAUGAGAAUGGAUCCAAAGCAUCAAUUUGCUGCACAAUAUAUGUUGAGUCGUGCAGCAGCAGAAAGACGAGAACGUGACACAAUUUUAGCUGCUGCUGUUGCUGGUGGGUCAAGUUUGCUGUCGAUGGGUAAAAGUUCACGUGGAGCGUCUCCAUCUGCACAUUCAGACACAUCUUCUUGUAAUGGUCGACUCUCAUCGCCCCCACCUGAUGGCCAUAAUGACGAUAAUAACAAUAACCAGAAUAAUGGACCUUCGGGACUCAACGAAAAUGGCGGUGACUAUCCAUCCGAUGCAGCUUUACGAAUUCAUCAAGCAGAAGCUUUGUUGAGAAGCCAAGCCGAAGCUGCUUUAAGACUUGCGGUGAGUCAAGCGGCUGCUGUUGUUGCAUCAAAUGGUAAUGAAAACAAUAGUAACAAUCAAUUCCGUCAUCAUCAUAAUGGUGCACCUUACAACAAUCAUCAUCAGCCAACGCAAUUGCAAUCUCAAUUCACACCUGACUUGUCUGAAGCACUUCGACUUCAAGAGCAAAGACUCGAACAGGCACUUCGACUGCAUGGUAGUGAACUUGGAUUGCAUCAACAACAUCAUCAACAGCCAUGA